GGCGCGGGCUGCUCCCUCUCCGGCCGUGCUCCCGGCUGCCGCGGCCAUGUCUUACGCCGCCGAUGACUACGAGUCCGAGGCUGCUUAUGACCCCUAUGCUUACCCAAGCGACUAUGAUAUGCACACAGGAGAUCCAAAACAGGAUCUUGCUUAUGAACGUCAGUAUGAACAGCAGACCUACCAGGUGAUCCCUGAAGUGAUCAAAAACUUCAUCCAGUACUUCCACAAAACUGUCUCAGACUUGAUUGACCAGAAGGUGUAUGAGCUACAGGCCAGCCGGGUCUCUAGUGAUGUCAUUGACCAGAAGGUAUAUGAGAUCCAGGACAUCUAUGAAAACAGCUGGACUAAACUGACCGAAAGAUUUUUCAAGAAUACACCUUGGCCUGAGGCUGAAGCUAUUGCUCCACAGGUUGGCAAUGAUGCUGUUUUCCUGAUAUUGUACAAAGAAUUGUACUACAGGCACAUAUAUGCCAAAGUCAGUGGGGGACCCUCCUUGGAGCAGAGGUUUGAAUCCUAUUACAACUACUGCAAUCUCUUCAACUACAUUCUUAAUGCCGAUGGCCCUGCUCCCCUGGAACUGCCCAACCAGUGGCUCUGGGAUAUAAUUGAUGAGUUCAUCUACCAGUUUCAGUCGUUUAGUCAGUAUCGCUGUAAGACUGCAAAGAAGUCAGAGGAGGAGAUUGACUUUCUUCGUUCCAAUCCAAUCUGGAACGUUCACAGUGUCCUCAAUGUCCUUCAUUCCCUGGUGGACAAGUCCAACAUCAACCGGCAGUUGGAGGUGUACACCAGCGGAGGAGACCCCGAGAGCGUGGCCGGGGAGUAUGGGAGGCACUCCCUCUACAAGAUGCUGGGCUACUUCAGCCUGGUGGGACUUCUGCGCCUGCACUCGCUGCUGGGGGACUACUACCAGGCCGUCAAGGUGCUGGAGAAUAUUGAACUGAACAAGAAGAGCAUGUAUUCUCGCGUGCCCGAGUGCCAGGUCACCACAUACUAUUAUGUUGGUUUUGCGUAUCUGAUGAUGCGUCGCUACCAGGAUGCCAUCCGCGUCUUUGCCAACAUCCUCCUCUACAUCCAGAGGACCAAGAGUAUGUUCCAGAGGACCACGUACAAGUAUGAGAUGAUUAACAAGCAGAACGAGCAGAUGCACGCGCUGCUGGCCAUCGCGCUCACCAUGUACCCCAUGCGCAUCGACGAGAGCAUCCACCUGCAGCUGCGCGAGAAGUACGGGGACAAGAUGCUGCGCAUGCAGAAGGGGGACCCGCAGGUCUACGAGGAGCUUUUCAGCUACUCCUGCCCCAAGUUCCUGUCACCCGUGGUGCCCAACUACGACAACGUGCACCCCAACUACCACAAGGAGCCCUUCUUGCAGCAGCUGAAGGUGUUUUCCGAUGAGGUGCAGCAGCAGGCCCAGCUCUCAACCAUCCGCAGCUUCCUCAAGCUGUACACCACCAUGCCCGUGGCCAAGCUGGCCGGCUUCCUGGACCUCACCGAGCAGGAGUUCCGCAUCCAGCUUCUUGUCUUCAAGCACAAAAUGAAGAACCUGGUGUGGACCAGCGGUAUCUCCGCCCUCGAUGGCGAGUUUCAGUCCGCCUCUGAGGUGGACUUCUACAUUGAUAAGGACAUGAUCCACAUCGCAGACACCAAAGUGGCCAGGCGCUACGGGGACUUCUUCAUUCGGCAGAUUCACAAAUUUGAGGAGCUCAAUCGAACCUUGAAGAAGAUGGGACAGAGACCCUGAGUAAUCAUCGUGCAGCAGUGGAGAACCCGUUUUGAUAUCAAACAAUGAUGACAACCAGGUUAUAGGUGGGCAGUGUUUUUGCCACCGUGAUGCCUUUGCCUUGUUCCACCAUCAGCUGAGUUGAGGUUCUUUUGAAUUAAGGACUGAAAUGUUUUCAGUAGAUCUCAGUAAAAAACUUAUUUGGAGCCAGAUUUGUCAUCUCUUUAUUGUUGCAGGGAGU